UUAGAGGAAAGGGUGGCACAACGUGCGAUGGAAUUCUCAGAGUUAGAGGCCAAAAUGAAAGCAUCAGUUGAAGAGGAACGACGCAUCCUAAAUAGCGAAAUUGAAACCAGGGAUGAUAGAAUUAAAAAUUUGGAAGAGAAAGUUGAAGAGUUGGCUAAUGAAUUGGAAUCACUAAGUAUUAAUGAAAAUCUAAGUGAUAUUUCAACAGUUAAAAAAGAAUAUCCACCAAUAGCCAUUCUCGAAUCAAAACUUUUAGAUUUACAAAAAUCACAUAUGCAAACAGUUGAUGAAUUAUCAGAAAUAAAAACCAAAUAUGAAGAAUGUUUACAUGAAAUUCAUGAAUUACAAACUCAACUUACAGAAGCUCAACUUU